AUGUGGAGGUCCUGGGCUGGAUGUGGAGGUCCUGGGCUGGAUGUGGAGGUCCUGGGCUGGAUGUGGAGGUCCUGGGCUGGAUGUGGAGGUCCUGGACUGGAUUUGGAGGUCCUGGGCUGGAUGUGGGGGUCCUGGGCUGGAUGUGGAGGUCCUGGGCUGGAUGUGGAGGUCCUGGACUGGAUGUGGAGGUCCUGGACUGGAUGUGGAGGUCCUGGGCUGGAUGUGGAGGUCCUGGGCUGGAUGUGGAGCUCCUGCUUCUGA